GGCGGUCAGGGCCCGGCGGCGGCCGAGGCGGAGCCCGGGAAGGAGGAGCCGCCGUACCAGGAGAAAGCGAACCUGUACCCGCCGAGCAACACGCCGGGCGAGGGGCUGAGCCACGGCGGCGGCCUGCGGCCCAACGGGCAGACGAAGCCGCUGCCGGCGCUGAAGCUGGCGUUGGAGUACAUCGUGCCGUGCAUGAACAAGCACGGCAUCUGCGUGGUGGACGACUUCCUGGGCAAGGAGACCGGGCAGCAGAUCGGCGACGAGGUGCGCGCCCUGCACGAUACUGGCAAGUUCACGGACGGGCAGCUGGUCAGCCAGAAGAGCGACUCGUCUAAGGACAUCCGAGGCGAUAAGAUCACCUGGAUCGAGGGCAAGGAGCCCGGCUGCGAAACCAUUGGGCUGCUCAUGAGCAGCAUGGACGACCUGAUCCGCCACUGUAACGGGAAGCUGGGCAACUACAAAAUCAAUGGCCGGACGAAAGCUAUGGUUGCUUGUUAUCCAGGCAAUGGAACAGGUUAUGUACGCCAUGUUGAUAAUCCAAAUGGAGAUGGAAGAUGUGUGACAUGUAUAUAUUAUCUUAAUAAGGACUGGGAUGCCAAGGUAAGUGGAGGUAUACUUCGAAUUUUUCCAGAAGGCAAAGCCCAGUUUGCUGACAUUGAACCCAAAUUUGAUAGACUGCUGUUUUUCUGGUCUGACCGUCGCAACCCUCAUGAAGUACAACCAGCAUAUGCUACAAGGUACGCAAUAACGGUUUGGUAUUUUGAUGCAGAUGAGAGAGCACGUGCUAAAGUAAAAUAUCUAACAGGUGAAAAAGGUGUGAGGGUUGAACUCAAUAAACCUUCUGAUUCAAUCACUAAAGACGUCUUAUAGAGCCUUUGAGCCAGCAAUAGCCCACUUCAACUACAAUAAUCAUUGAUGCUAUUUGUUAACUUGUGAAUAUGAAUAAAUGGGAUAAAGAAAAAUAGACAACCAGUUGGCAUUUUAAUAAGGAAACAGAAACAACUUUUUUGUGUUGCAUCAUAAAGAAGAUUUUGACUGUGUGGCUUUGUACUGCAUGAUUGACUCCAAACCUGUGAUUGCUUAUGGGAAGAAUAUAAGCUAUCAACUGAAAAUGGUAUUUACAUCUGGACAUGAAAUAAGUGCCCUAGGUAGAACUUCUUCAUUCUUAUAUUUUGCCAGAUCUGUCAUCUAACUGAGUUCAUUUCAUCUCUCCCUUUUUUAUAUAGUCAAGUUUGAAUUUGAAGUAAUUUUUGUAUGAUCAGGUACAAUUUAUCAAAACUGAAUUGAGAAAAAAUUACAGCAUUAUUCCCCAAGAUAGUAUCAAUCUAUUUUUGUAAACUGCUUCGUACUAUUAAAUUUUGCUCUAAAAGACCUCUUAAAAUGAUUGUUGCCAGUGACUGAUGAUUAAUUUUCUUUUUUACUUAAAAAUAAGAAAAGGAGCACUUUAAUUACCAACUGAAAAAUCAGAUUUUGUAGUCCUGUCUUAAACUAAUUUGAACUCUUAAAGAUUGCUGCUGUCAUUUUUUUGACAUCGUUAAUAAUGAAACAUAACAGUAAAACCAUCACCAUUUACUACCAAUAACUUUUAGUUCAUGUUUUAUAAGAAAAAAAUACAAUAAGCAGGUUUUAUCUUUUAAGUUAAAUUUUUUUAAAAACUAAAGUGACUGGCACUAAACAAACUUGAGGUUAUCCUUAGCAUCAAGUUCCCAAGAUAAAGGGCUUUCUUAUGCUUUUACGUGUAUCCUAUAGAUGUAGAAGAUAAUGUCCUCUUUCCUAAGACUUUUCCUUUUGCUUCCCGUCAAGUUGCUUGUACUUCCAAUUUUGCUGUUAUGUUUUCUUCCUACUCCUAUGACCCAUCUGAUCUGCAGAUCAGAACCUUGUUUUUGUUGGAUAGCAUCAAGGGGAGACUGUGUGCAUCGAGACUGAACUAUGUUAUUACAAACUUGCUCUUAGUGACUCCUCAGACCACUGCAAGGCGUUCCCCAAACGUGAUGCUGGCCUCUUUAUCAGUACUGAAAGAUGUAUGUUUAGCUUAAAAAAAAAAUGAAGCGAUAAACCAGAUAAUUUUAUUUUUAUGUUUUAUGAGUUUUCUUUUUUACUUUUCAGAAAAAGAGAGAAUAUUACAAAAUCACACAAGGCCUCCCAGACUUCUAUUAUUUAAUGUAUGAAUUGGGAUGGAUGUCUUAGACUUCAAUUUCCUAGGCUCUUUAGCAAAGCCCAAAGGGUGGUAUCCAUAUUUUGCAUGAAUUAUGGGUGUAAGACCUUGCCCACCUCAGUUUUCUAUCUCUGUCCUUGAUCUUCUUUGCCAAAAUAAUGUGAGCGUACAGAAAUAUUUCUAUAUAUUUCAACUUAUGACAGUUUUAGCAUCUGUAUAGUUUGUAUUCAUUAGAGACCUUUUCUAUGGAAAGCUCAGUAAUUUUUAUUAAAAGAUUGCUAUUGUUCAUGUAAAACAUGAAAAAAAAAUUGUUUAGUGAAACUGACAGUGUGGACUUAGGGUGGGAUUAAAUAUUCAGUAUUGUGAUCUCACUUAGGAGAACUUCCAGGAGAAAAUUAUAGUUUAUUGUUGUUUUUCCUUGCCCAUGUUCAGUUUUGUUCCAUUUCCUCUCCUUGUUCCAGAUACUACAAUGGAACAUCUCUACAGUAAGUGCCUCUGCCAGCCCGACCUGGGAGUGCAAGUUGUCUUUGCCAUCUGGCCUGCGGUGCAGUGCGCUGCAUUAGGCCAUAACUCAAAAGCGCUAUCAUUUUUAGGUCUGGUAGAAAUUGCAUUAUGUUGAUGGGAGGUUUGUUUGUCAAGGUGUACAGCAACAGGCUUUUUAUCUGGGAGCCCCUGUGUCAUUCAAAUGUGUAUCUCUGCAGUUGUGCAAAGUGUCAGAUUCUAUUGUCUGUGGGUUGUGCUUGCCACACAGGUCUUAAAUUUUGUAUUUUUUAGAAAAGUUUAUAUAAUUUCUUGGAGAUUAUUGUGAAAGGAUCAAGAAAUCAGGAUAGCCAUUUCCUUAAUAUCCAUUUAAAAUCUGUUCUUUUCAUGUUAGUGGGACCGUUAACUUGUCACCAAGCAGGAGUCUACUUAAAACAGAAUUUAAAACUAUUUGUGGCCUAUAUGUGUUUAAUCCUGGUUAAAGGUAAAGCUUCUAACGCUGUUUUUAUUCAACACAUUAACCAGCUGUAAAACAUAGACUUUUAUCAACAGCAGGCAAAGAAUUUCAGAAUUCAUAUACAGAUAGACUAUAAAGUCAUGUAAUUUGAAAAGCAGUGUUUCAUUAUGACAGAGCUCUCAACUUGCUUGUAAAGCUAAUCUAAUUAAAAGGAUGUAUAAAUGUUCUUGAAAAAA